AAUCGAAAAAUAAAUCAUGGGUCUUAAAGGUUUCGUAGAGGGAGGAAUUGCAUCGAUCGUCGCCGGCGUUUCAACUCAUCCUCUCGACCUCAUCAAGGUCCGCAUGCAACUUCAAGGUGAAUCCCAUAUCCCUAAUCCCUCUGUUCAAGCUUACAGUCCAACACUCGCCGUGAACUCCGCCACCGCCGGAAAUGUGUCGGUCUCUCAAGCUGUUUCACAGCCUCGUGUAGGUCCCGUUUCCAUCGGUGUCCGUAUCAUCCAAUUGGAGGGUGUUGCCGCGCUUUUCUCGGGCGUCUCCGCCACCAUACUCCGCCACACUUUGUAUUCCACCACCCGUAUGGGACCCUACGAUAUUCUUAAAAACAAAUGCAACGACAAAGAAACUGGGAAUUUGCCGCUCACGAGCAAGAUACUUGCUGGUCUUAUCGCCGGUGGCACCGGCGCCUCCGUCGGCAACCCGGCAGACGUAGCGAUGGUACGGAUGCAAGCUGAUGGGCCGUGGGCGUCUCCCUAUCGACGCAAUUACAAGAGCGUGAACGACGCAUUGGGUCAAAUGACAAAACAAGAAGGAUAA